AUGGCGGAUAGAGGCUCACACAGAGGCGGCGGCCGAGGAGGCGGAGGUGGCUACCGCGGCGGCCGGGGCGGAGGAGGAGGUCGCGGAGGAGGUGGCGACCGCGGAGGAAACCAGGGGUCCGGCGGUGAUCGAGAGAGACCCAAGAAGGAGAACAUCCUAGACUUGUCCAAAUACAUGGACAAACAAAUCACCGUCAAGUUCAACGGUGGACGUGAAGUUACCGGCACACUCAAGGGAUACGAUGCCUUGAUGAACCUGGUCUUGGACGAGGUCCAGGAAGUUAUGAGAGACGAAGAAGGAAACGAAACUACCCGGUCCCUCGGCCUUGUCGUGGCCCGUGGUACCCUGCUUGUUCUGGUCAGCCCUGUUGACGGCAGCGAGCCCAUAGCAAACCCCUUUGCCCAGCCCGAGGAGGAAUGA